AGGAUUUAUUACAAAGGAAUGUGCAGUACAGACGUCCGGGUCUUAUCUCGGUAUCUGACGCACAUGAGAUGUGUGUCUUCUGGCAGGAUAGCCAAAGAAGAAGACAAAAGCUGCCCGGUAACACGAGGUUUUUGUUCGUUUUGCCGCACCGGAGGAAUCGAGACAACAAACGGUUAAAAUGCUGACACGUUAUGCUGCAUAAUUUGUGAAAAUGGGCUGAGAAAUGAACAACUUCUUUUUUUUUUUUUUUUAAGUCCGUGCAUUGUGUUUGAUAGGAAAGUCGCCCUUUCCAACAUGGCCGCCACGUAGGAACGUCUGUUUGACAGCUUGCUCGUUUUCAUUUCCCAUGUCGUCGUGGCGGCUUUGCGCCUGCGCAGAAAUGACGGUCACGUUCGGAAAAAUUGCGAAAACAAAAUACAUAUAGCAUCGGGCUGCAGUGUACAAGGAUAAAGAACAUUUUUGAAUGACGAUAGACACUUCCGGUAGUUGCAGCAAGUCAAAACGAGUGAAGGUCGCGCUGUCAAGUCCACUUGGCCUGCUUAGCGUGCGCGUGUCGUGAUGAGGCUGAGCGGCGUCCUGGCGUGUGUGUUGGCGAUGUGUGCGUGGGGGUGUCGGGGGGACACCCCGGCCAACUGCACCUACGAGGACCUCCUGGGGACUUGGGUGUUCCGGGUGUCCGACCCGGGCCACGACAAGAACGACAACUGCUCCGAGGAAGGAGCCGCAGGUGGGAAGACGGUGACGGUGACGGUGACCCUCGAGAAGCUGUCUGUGGCCAACGACGAGAUGGGCAACAGCGGCUUCUUCACGCUCAUCUACAACCAGGGCUUCGAAGUCGUCAUCAAUGGCUACAAAUGGUUUGCAUUCUUCAAGUACGUCGAAGAGGGCCCGAAGGUGACCAGCUUUUGUGACCUCACCCUGCCAGGAUGGGUGCACGACGUUUUAGGCAACAACUGGGCCUGUUUUGUCGGAAAGAAAGUCGCACCGGUGCCACCCCAAGCUUACUACAAGCCACCCUUGAGCGCCAGGCUCUUCGACAGGCCGUUUACGCCGAACCGAGGUGUCAUCGAGGCCAUCAACGCGGCCCAGAAUUCGUGGAAGGCGGUCUCCUACCCAGAGUACGAGACCUACUCGCUGCCGGAGCUGCACUCCAGAGCCGGAGGACCCUCGUCCCGCAUUUCUGUGCAUGUCCACCCUACCCCUGCGACAGCACAAGUAGCCAAGUUGGCGGCAGCUCUACCGCAGCAUUGGGACUGGAGGAACGUCGAUGGCCUGAACUUUGUCAGCCCGGUGCGAAACCAAGCUUCAUGCGGUAGCUGCUACUCCUUCGCCACCAUGGGAAUGCUGGAGGCUCGCAUCCGAAUCUCCACCAACAACAGUAAGGACCCCAUACUCAGCCCCCAACAUGUGGUCUCCUGCUCGAAGUACUCUCAAGGUUGCGAUGGCGGCUUCCCGUACCUGAUCGGAAAGUACGCCCAAGACUUUGGCAUUGUGGACGAGUCCUGUUUUCCGUACGUCGCAAAGAACACUCCCUGCGGCGUGGCUCAAAACUGCGGCCGAACUUAUGUGGCGGAGUACAGCUACGUGGGAGGAUUUUAUGGCGGCUGCAGCGAGGCUGCCAUGAUGCUGGAACUGGUCCAGAAUGGCCCCAUGGCAGUGUCCUUUGAGGUGUACUCGGACUUCAUGCACUACAAGGAGGGCAUCUACCACCACACGGGCAUCUCGGACCCCUUCAACCCCUUCGAGCUGACCAACCACGCCGUGCUGCUGGUGGGCUACGGCCGCUGUCACGUGACCGGCCAGAAAUACUGGCUCGUCAAGAAUAGCUGGGGCGACGGCUGGGGGGAGAGCGGCUACUUCCGGAUCCGCCGAGGAAGCGACGAGUGUUCCAUCGAGAGCAUUGCGGUCGCCGCCAAGCCCAUCCCCAGCCUGUAGAGCGGGCGGUGGCCAACCCGCCGCGGCUCUCGUGAAGGCGCGAAAGCAUAUCCAAGUUCCGCGCGUGCUUUGGUUUUCAUUACGGUAAUUGCGAGCAGGCUUUGCUUGCGUUGAUUGUGGUAUUUGCGUGCGAGCUUUGCUUGUGUUUAUUACAGUUGUUACAGGUAUUGUGACAACAAGCUUUGUGUGUGUGUGUGUGUGUGUCGAUCGAUAAGUGAGACGGGACUCCACAGCCGGAGGAUGAGAAGGGAAAAAAAAAAGCGCAAUGGCGACUGGGGAAGAGUGCCUUUACUGUUUCUGCACCCGGAUCAGCUGUGCAAUGAGAGAAGGAAACGUUAACCACGGGCAGGACGACCUCGGCACGAAGAAGUCGUUUCCCGAUCGCGGUCACGUGACCGCGGCAGGAAAGGUUAGCAUGCUAUAGCGCUCGUGCACCUACGUCACCGAAAUCACCGCCGUAUUGCCGGUCAAACAACGCAUUGCUCAAUGCUAAGUCCGUCGAGACGAAACGAAAAUAUGUCUUAUAGCACGACGCCCGGAGUUAUGUCCGAUACCGUGAAACAUUUAGAAGCUGCUAAUAAACGAAGGUACGUGGAAAUAGAGGAGCCAUAUUUAAUGCCGAAGUCGAUGUUUUUGCCGAUAAGAAAUUGGACUGUUAACCCGCUUCCGCUUGUCUCGGACAACUGGAUCUACGCGUGGAUCUGGUGAGUAAGUCGUUGAGAUUUACACGGAAAAGUUUGAAAGCCUAGAAAAGUUUGGACGCGUACAAAUACUUCGUUGCUGGAUCUGUUCUCAAUCAAGAAUAAAUCCCACAUAGUGAUGGAGCCACUCAGAUUUUUUCAAUAGAAAAACCAAUAUUUCGAUAAAUGACCCCCGGUUUUAAACAAACUCGCAUUCAUAACUAUGAUUGGGGGGGGGGGGGGGGGACGAGUCGGCUCCUCCGUAGAUGAAGCGUGUUGCAGCCACGCGUUAAACUUUGGUAAACCUCUCCCAGACGCAUUUUUUUUCAUAUGCAUUGUUCCCAAAUGAGUCCAAUGUGUAUUUAAAAAAAAAUGAAAGUAAACCGCUGGGAUAGGCUUCAGCCCCCGUACACGGAAGCGUAUUGCGGCCACACGUUAACCUACGUAAACAUCACUGGGACUGACGGUUUAUUUUCUUUUUUAAAAUACACAUUGGGCUCAUUUGAGAAUAUGGAUAUUUACAUUAAGUAAAUUAGUGUCACCAUGAUUUGAAUUUUAAAUCAUCAAAUUUUCAAUAGUAGCUACAAUUCGCUGUCUGAAAUUCACCGUCUGUGCCACCAGGCAGGGUUACUUCAGGUCAGAACCGAACGCCCGGCCAAUCACAGUGACGCUUUCUUAGUGUGUGAUGUCACGUGACUAAGAAAUGGUUACUGCGAUUGGCCGGCUCUUUGGUUCUGACCUGAAGUAACCCUGCCCGGUGGCACGGACGGUGAAUUUCAGACCGCGAAUUGUAGCCAGUUGAAAUUGUUAACAUUGAAAAGUUGCACUGAAAUACAAAUAUUGAAAUUGUCAUCACUUUACAUUUCAAAUUCAAAUCCUGGUGGCGCGUUCAUGUAAUGAGGGAUCCACAGGCGAAUGUUUGCAUCAUAUCAAGUGUUUUGGAGCGUUGCAAAGGCCAAAAAGCCAUACAAGAAUUUCAUUUUUCUCAUCAUGUUGGCGCGUGACAAUUACAAUAAAUCUGGCCAGUAUGUGUAUGAUUUGGCUCUUUGCCGUAACAGUGUAAAAAAAAAAAAAAAAAAAAAAUGUGGCUCUUCAUCUCUAGCUGGUUGGCCACCGCUGCAGUCAAAAAAAAAUUAGUAUGCAUGCACUCUGAAUGCGCACGAGUGAGAUUUCUCUUUCGCGCUGGAUUUUCAUCCCUUACAAACUUAUUUUUUUGGUUUAUUUUUGGGUUAACGGGUUAAUGCCUUAACAGUAUUCUUAAAGGGAAAUCCCAAAUAUGUUGGUUUUAGUUUUGGCUGCUCUUGAAAACUAAAAGGGAUGGGAUGAUUUUCAGUAUUUUCCUCCUCUGCGAUUGUGCACUUUUAGUCUGGGUUGUGCCAAGUGAUGUGAGACUUUACAUCUUCCUCCUCGUUUUUUGACUCAGGGAACUUCGGUGCUCGUUUUUAUGUCCGUGAAUCGUUUUCAAAUUGGAUGUACUGUACCUUUAAAUCACAAGAACUGCAGAUGAUAUUAAAAAAAAAAGCACUUUUAAAAAAAUUCAUAAUGCAUUUUGAUAGACGUUGACUUUUUUUCUUUUUGGGUUUCCAUUUUGUGAGCGAUUUAUAUUCCGUUUCCUCGCGGCUUCUUCUGACCUUCAAGCCGAACAGCUGACUGAGCCGUGCGCUCAGACUUGUGAUCAUUUCACGCUCGGCCUCCGAACAAAUUACACUAAGAUAAGUCAACCUUUGGAAACGCUUCAAAAGGGUUAUAAAAAAAAAAACAACAUCAAUUAUUAGACAAUAAUUGAAACAGUGUUGUCGCGAGUGAGAGUUGUAUGAAAAGAAAUGAUUGUGAAGCUGCUUAUACAAAAAUGUAGAAAUGCAAUCCAAGCGUUUGAAUAAAAAAGAUGCUUGUGUCUGAGGGAUAUUAAUUUAAAAAAAAAAAUAACUGCGUUUUAUCGCACUGAGAUCCUUCUAGUAUUUUGUAGUAAAAAAAAAAAAAUGGAUUCCUGCAUUUAAUAUAAUAAAUUUAGUUGGGUUUUAAACCAUCCAGCUGGAGCCUCCAGGGCCACGUUGUAGUUCUGAUCUCUCACCUCAUGAUAUUUCCAUAUCAAAUUUAUGAACUAGUUUUGAAUCAGAAAUCAAGCGUAACGGGUUUUUCAGCUAUUGUUCAUGUUUGCCGACACAAAAAUGCUUGCAACAUCUCAACUUUUAUCAACUACGAUGUGUUUACACAUGAAAUUUAUGAACUAGUUAUGUAAUCAAAAAUCAAGCGUAAUGGGUUUUUCAACUACCGUUCGUGAUUUGGUCAAACACAAAUGUUUGCAACGUCCCAACUUUAUCAUUUCUGAUGUGACAUUUUUAAAUUUUUGUUCCAGAUUAUCACAAAAAUCACUGCAUCAUUUGAAAUACAUGGUUUGCCUUCGCGGGCAGCGUGAAAUCACGCGGCGGGCCGGACCUGGCCCCCGGGCCUUGAGUUUGACACCUAUGCUCUCGGAGGCCCUAUUUGUGUGUGUCUGGGGGGGGGGGGGGGCACUGAUCGCCAGUUGCAGGUUUAAAAAAAUAAUACAUAAAAUGAGAGCAAGUUGAAAUCAUAGUAAAAUCGGUAGCAUUAGAUUUUUUUAAGCGUGGUACAACAUGUCGAUAUUUAUGUAUUUAUUGUCGUGAGUGGGGGGGGGUUGCCUUGACCUCGCAACUU